CAGUACCUCAUGGUGCCCUAUAGGCUAUCAAGGUGAUGUUAUGAAUGGUAGUCCUGACGCUGCUGACAAAACCAAAACCAAAGGCGCCACUCAACAGCAAGUCAAAGGCCACCUAAACGGACUAUUCUCCCUAGUCCAGGGACUGGGUGGUACUGCAGUGGUCCGGACCUAUAUAGACCAGCUGGCACAGGUGCUCAGUGCACUAGUUGGGUGGAGUAAGAUAGAGCAGUGUUGGAAUGGCACGUGCAAGAAGGAUGGUAGCAAUGAUCUCAAUGGCAGUCCACACGGCGACAGUAGCUGCAAGUAUCUACAGGAUAAAGACUCGGAGAACAAGUGUGACACUUGUGGUUGUAUGAAAUGGGUAAAGCCCCAAAGGGGCAUCGAUUGGGUACAACUGGGCAGGGGGUGUCAGAGGUGUAAGGAUGAGAAGCAGAAGACGCCGUGUAGCUGUGCUAGUGGCUGUAGUCCUGGUGAGGAGUGUAAAUGCGCAGCAGCAGGCAAAUGCUGCAGGUGUUGUUGUAAGGAGAAGGGAUGUGGGUGUAGUAAAAAGGCUAAGUGUAGUUGUAUAAUCGAGGACGGGGUUGUUGGCCGUGAUGAAUGUAACAGGGAUAGCUACAUGUCAGCAUAUCCUAGUGAUGCUAUCAACAUAAGAAAGUCAUUUCUUGAAUCCGAGAUGAUAAAGCACCCACCGUCGUGGAAAAAUCUAGAGCACUCACCAUCUGGAACAGCUAUCAACAAUGACACCCCCUCCCAACGUCGCCACCAAUGUGCCAAGAUCCUCCUAGGGUCAGUAUGUCUCAUCUGGAGUGGAGUUACCUAUAUGCAUUGGACGGGGAAAUACCACUCCAGUAGCUCAUAUUGGAACAAUCACAUCCUAGAUGGUAGUGGUCUAGAUGAUGGAAGUUUAUCUCAGUGGUUACAGGCCCUAGGGUUUCCUAAGACAAUGUUAAAUGACCAUGGGCCGAAAAAUAGAUUAGAUCAGAUUAUAUGGGAUGGGUUCAUGGGAAAACUGUUUCUAGGGUUUACUCAUCCCACCAUUAGUUCCGGUCCCAGAGACGGUAGUACAGCAAAACAACCCUACGAUAUGAAUUACGCUGGUUUUGUACAUACUGCACAUAGGGAUUCAUUCAACAAAGAAGCUAGAGUGUUCCCUAAUGGCACCAACAAGGGUACUGGCGAAAUCAGUGACACUAACCAGCACAAGAUCGGUGCCCUCUUCAAGCUAUACAUUCUAUCAUGUGCAUACUUUACUGGAUUGCAAAAGAAGACUAGUGAGAGUACUCCCAGCGCCACUAAUAAUCCCAAGACCAUCCGGGAGAUCCUAUACUGGCUAAGUGCAUUGCCCUAUAGUCCGGCAUAUCCGAAGAUACUGACACAUUCCAAGGGAAGACUAAAAGAGGUACUCAAGAAUCCCGGUGACACUGACAAAAGCGACAAAACACCAACACUCGCCUUUCUACAACAAGGCCGUUCAGCUCCUAUUACCGUUGAUGAAUUCAACCUGUUUGCCCACUUCCAAGCAGUGACUCAGUACUGCCCACUGGUCCUCAUCGGUAUCCAGGGUGGAUUACACAGUCCUAAAGGCACUGACAGCACUAAAGAUCCUGCCAUUCACUCCUUAUACGCUAACACUAAGUGCAACUUCACCUACCCAGCAGUGUCCAUCCAAGCAUACAACCAGGUGGUACACUACAUUAGGGCUCUGUUCUACCAGUUGUACUUCCUUAGGAAACAAUGUGCAGUGAAAGUUACUUGUGGAGGUAAAUGGCGUGAGUGUAGGUAUGGUAGUGGAGUGCUUGGAAAGGAUGUAGUUAGCUGGAUGUGCCUGGGGUGUAACCCCAUGGAGCAUGAUAGAAAGGGGAGGGUAGAGAAGGUAAAGGAUGGGUUAGAUGGGGUGAAGGAAGGGGCAGACAGUGUUGCAGCGAAGGUCAAGGCACUACUAGAGGCUAUUGGUGAAGUGGUGGUACAAUUGGGUAAUGCCCAAGAGGCAUUGGAAAAGAAGGCUGAGAAUAAAGCGAUAGAGGGGGUGAAGGGGGCACUAGAGAAGGCUAAGAAGGAACUAGAGGGGGCUAAGGGAGAGGAGGAUGAUGGUGUGCUAACGGCUUUAUAUGCGAAACUAGAGGAGGAGGGAGUGGAGUGGCAUGGGCAAGAGGAACUUGUUAAUGCUAGGGAGAAAAUAAAGGAGUUGACGAAGAAUGAUAAUGGAGGGUUACUAAAGGGUUUGUUAGAUAAACUUGACGCAGCUAAAGGUAACGAUUUUGAUCAAGCUAAAAAUGCAGGGAGUUCUGCUAUCCAUAAGGUACAGGAGAUACUGACACCACUAAAGAAUGGGCUUGAAGCAGCGGUCAAGACGGAUAUGAAGGAAGAGCUGAAUGGUCACCAAGAAACACUAUUAGAUGCCACAAGAAAAAUCAUCUCCAUCUACACCACCGCAAAGUGCAGUGCCUGUCAAGAUCACUCCAACAAAUGUGGCAAAACACCAAAGCCCACGACCUGUCCAACAUGCCACCAACCCACCACCACUGGUGUCCCCUCCCCCCUCCAGGCAUUCCUGGAGGACCGGUUACCAGGCUUCAGUUGUCAAGAAGUGGUGAACGAUGAAAAUGACACUCCAAACUACCCACCCGCUGCAUCCCACCUAGGACACUGCAAUGGCUCAGGCCAGUGCUGCCCCUUGCCCAUGGGAUUUAGAAAUAACUUCCAUAAGGGCAGCACCAGUGAUAGUACCGGCGCCAGGCUCUACGGCAUCCUCUACUUCUUUAGUAAUGAGAACAUGAUGCAGUCUUGCGUUUAUACACUAGUGAGGGUCACAGCAGCUCUCAGUGCUACGACACCACAGGUAUUGGGUGACGUCUUUGGGUUCUUUAGGGGGGGUAUAGGAGAGAAGGAAAGUGGAAAGACCAAGAAUGGACAGACAAACAAGGCGUGCGAGCACACCAAGGACCCAUCUACGAAAGGAGCUGAUGACUACUUUUGCGGCUGGUGCGCCUCUGGGUUACGGGAAGAGGUAAAGAAGAUAGAGUGGAUACCAAAGGGGGAUGACAGUGUUAAAGGAGGGAAGUACAGAGGGAGUGUCGGUACAGCCCUGAUAGAGAUUAAGGGAGACAAGGGUAGUGUGAGUGCUCCACAAUCCAAUAAUACAUCCCUAUCACGACUCACUAAGAACUGCCAGUACCUCUCCCCCCUAACCGGUGAACUCUAUACCGCAGUGAGUGCCACUUUCGGCAACACAUACCUCUCAUGGGUACUGUAUCUAUCAGAUGCACUUGAAGGGGGUCUAAAGUCACUGGCUAGUGAGUUCCAACAGAUUGAAUGCCGGGGCUGUAAGGGACAAUGCGACCCCAAUAAGUGCAAGAGGGGAGUCAUGGAGCAAGUAGUGAUGGACAGUGUAGAUGCCAAUCAAUCGUAUCAUGUACCGGUGUACUACCAUUACGGUAACCCAUUCAAUCUGGAGGGGUUCCACCAGAGGGAUGGGAAGACAGAGGGGGAUUAUAGUAUAGAUAACAAGCAGAAUCCUAGACGUUGCCAUCAAUUCUUGGACAGUCUCAGUGGAGUGAUUGACAAGAACAAGCAGAACACCUCUAAGGACCACCCCCUCACCAACCUCCUCUCCCAGGUCGGCCAGCUCAUCUACACCACCAGGCUCCCCUGGAUCUUUGUACUGACCUUAGCCUGGCUAGUGGCGGUACUCUACCUUGCCUUUGGAGCCAUAUGGCCACUGGACUGGACACAUAUGAGGUCGCAUUGGUUACGGGGUGGAGAACACCAGUGGCAAUGUAUGUGGUAUAAGGUGAUGACGGGACGGAAGGGGGUGGAACUAGUGGAGUAUUUUGGAAGGAAUGAGAAGGAGUAAUAUUGUGUAAUGGUUUAGUAGUAGUUUUGAUGAAAGUUUG